AAAGGUGAAAUCUGCAUGCAGGAGGAUGGAACGAGCCAAUCACAUCAACAUUGCGAUGACUGACGACCUGACUACCAAUGGGAUUCCACAGCCAAAUGUCAUCUUCACCGUGGACCAAUCGCGGCAGCCCAAGGGUGCGGUGGUCAGUUUCCAUGACAUCCAGUACAAGGUGGUGGUGAAGACCGGACCCCUCUGUAAGAGGAAGAUGAUCCCACGGAACAUACUGGUGGACCUGAAUGGAAUGAUGAGACCUGGUCUGAACGCUAUUAUGGGACCGACUGGCUGUGGGAAGUCAUCGUUCCUGGAUGUUCUGGCGGCGCGUAAGGACCCGUCUGGUCUGUCAGGAGAAGUGCUGAUUGACGGGGCACCCCAGCCCUCCAACUACAAGUGUCUCUCCGGCUACGUGGUCCAGGAUGACGUGGUGAUGGGGACGCUGACAGUGAGGGAGAACCUGCGCUUCUCUGCAGAGCUGCGUCUCCCCAUCAGCGUGAGAAGGGAGGAGAAGGAGGCCAAGGUCAACCACCUGGUGAAGGAGCUGGGGCUGGCCAAGGUGGCCAACGCUAAGGUGGGGACCCAGCUGAUCAGGGGGAUCUCAGGGGGGGAGAGGAAGAGGACCAGCAUCGGUAUGGAGCUGAUCAUGGAACCGUCCGUGCUGUUCCUGGACGAGCCCACCACCGGUCUGGACGCCAGCACCGCCAACUCUGUCCUGCUGCUGCUUAAGAGAAUGGCCAAUCAGGGGCGCACCAUCAUCCUGUCCAUCCACCAACCACGUUACUCCAUCUACCGGCUGUUUGACACCCUCACCCUAUUGGUCAGCGGGAAGAUGGUGUACCAUGGACCGGGGAAGAACGCUCUCGACUACUUUGCUGACAUAGGUUACACUUGCGAGCUCCACAACAACCCAGCAGACUUCUUUCUGGAUGUGAUCAACGGAGACUCUACCGGCAACGCCAUGAACAAGAUGCAGAGCUCAGACGAAAUCGACCUGGAAGAGCUGAUGAGGUCUCGCCAGCGCAUCGAGGAGCAGCUGGUGGAGCGGUACCGCAGCAGCCCAUCCUGCCGGGAGACCCUGGCCCAGCUGGGGCUUCUGGUCCAGGGAAGGGAGUACAGCGUGCAGCCCAAGGCCAGGACCAUCACCUACAACUGCUCCUUCUUCCACCAGCUGCACUGGGUCCUGAAGAGAACCUUCAAGAACCUGCUGCUGAACCCACAGACCUCCGUGGCACAGGUGGGGUGGAGGUGGUGCACAGGUGAGGAGCACCUGCAGUACAUGGGAGUCGGCUACACCAACUGGGAUCUCUGGCAGAACCACGUUGCCUUGGCAAUCAUGACCAUCCUCUUCCUCCUCAUCGCCUAUCUCAAACUGCGCUUCAUCAAGAAGUUCACCUGA